AUGGAUCUCGCACCAACCGACGCCACGCCCACCGCCGCCGCCUUCCGGCUGGUGCUGCUCAGCAAGUCGAAUCCCGUGAUGGGCUGCUACAUGUUCUGGACUAGCCUGCUGGUGUUCAAGAUGCUGCUGAUGUCGCUGCUCACGGCCCGCCAGCGGAUGAAAACCAAGACCUACGCCAACCCGGAGGACUUGCGGAUCAGCCGCAGUCCGGAGGUUCGAUUCGGAGACCCCAACGUGGAGCGGGUGCGCAGGGCCCAUCGCAACGAUCUGGAGAACGUUUUGCCAUUCCUUCUAAUGUCGCUGGUGUAUGUGGCCAGCGGACCGAAUCCCCUGACCGCCCGCCUGCUCAUCCGCAUCGGAGCAAGUGCCCGGCUGCUCCACACGGUGGUCUACGCACUAAUCCCGGUUCCGCAGCCAGCCAGAGCCCUGGCCUUCUUCACCACCUUCGCCAUCACCUGCUUCGAGGCGGGCUACGUGCUCAUCUGCUGUAUCAAAUACAUUUAGUCUGCUACUGACCCCCACCUGGUCCGAAAGCUACUCACUGCUUUGCGCCAGGGAUGUCGAGUUAGGAGUAAGAGUUAGGUACAAAACUAGGUACCUAGUUCAGAGAAAAUAUUGGAAUUAAACUUACUCUCUAGUUUCUUAAGUUCUUCAAAUGAUUUACAAAUACUCUGAGGUGAUAUUUCUUUCCGAUUCAACUAUAAUUAUUAAUAUAAUAUUUACUAGUUUAAAUCUAAGAAAAGUUAGGUACUUUUUUUACUCUACACUAGUACAACUUUUUAGCUUAAUAUCAAAUUAAAUAUUCUUUUUAGGAAAUAAGCUUGUAGAGCACCCUUAGUCACAUAACUACUCAGCCCUACGCAUAAGCAACACCAGUGAUGAGGAGUUAAAAGUCUAGGUACAAAGCUAGGUACUUACUUUAAGGUAACAAUUGGAUUUAAGUGUACUCUAGUGUAUUUAGGUCUUAGGUACUUAUAAACAUAUUGUUUACCUACAAAUACUUUUCAAUAUCAAUUAACAGUUUUUUUCAAAUAUGUAAUAUUCAGUAGAUUAAAUCAUGGAACAGUAACAUACUUUUUCAUACCUUUUAA